GAACGGAAAGGCAGGGAAACGGCUAAGAGAGGCUCUAAACCAAGGUAACUCACGGCUGCCCAUGAGGGUGGGUAGAAGAGGGGGAGCGAGAGCAAAAACGGACAGGAGUGCGAGACAGUGAAGAAACGUGGACCCUGCGGUCAUAAAAGACUGAGAAAACAAAACACCAAAGCAAUCUAAAUCACCUUCUACUGCUCUAGAAAAGGGGGAACAGGAAGAGAGGUCAGAACGGACAACAACAUGUACACAAAGUAAUGGAAAGAAUCAGGACAGCCCACAUCAACUCUGCCUCCAUGCCGGCUAACCUGUUGCUCCUCCUCCUGUUUGGGGUGCGUGUGCUGGCCAUUUGCCCACCAAUGUGCACCUGUAGCAGAGGCCAUAGAGUGGUGGACUGCUCUGCCAGAGGAUUGGGUAUACUUCCUGACAGCCUGCAACACAACAUUCAUUUCCUCAACUUGUCUCAUAACCGGCUCCAAGAUCUUGAUGGGCUUCUCAAUCAUUUUGACCACUUAAGAACUUUAGACAUCUCCUAUAACCAUCUGCACCACCUUCCUGUAGGUCUGCCGAGAGCUCUUUGGGAUAUACGUGCCUCUGGAAACUACAUCCGUCAAUUGGAAAAGAAUGAUACGGCCUACCACUGGAACCUUCAGAAUCUAGACUUGUCACACAACUUGCUGGAGCGUGUGGUCUUAAUUAACAAUACGCUGUCCAAUCUCCAAGCUCUCAAUCUAAGUCACAACAAAUUCUGGACUGUCCCGACAAACAUGCCCUACAAUUUGGAGAUUGUAGACCUUUCUCACAACUACUUGUUGCAGAUCCUACCUGGCUCACUGGAUCGCCUUCCCAGACUGUCGAGAUUCUACCUGCAUGCUAAUCGUUUUACCUCAUUAAGUGAAGGUGUCUUUAAUCGACUAGAUGGACUGCAGCUCCUCACACUUGGAGACAACCCAUGGGCUUGUGAGGAUGAAGAAAAUAUAAACCAUUUGCUGACUUGGAUGCAACAAACCCCUGCGAAAGUCUUGGGCUGCCCCUGCUACACCAGGCCCACAUGUGGAGAGGUACACAUGGCUACCAGGAGAACCUGGAACUCAGCGGCAUUUACAGAGCCGCCACUGGGUGCUGACGCCCGUCAUCCUAUCCACCGAGCUCCAAUGCAGGCAGUUACUUCUGGAUCCCUGUCCAAGUCAGCCCAGUUGAACGUAGCUCACAAUCCAAGCCCUGUUAAUACCUCUGGGGCGGGUGUGCAAGUACUAAUCAUGGGUGGAGGAUUUCUCACGUCAACUCCACAUAGCCUGUCCACACAGUCAAGCACAACAAUUCGAACACGUAGCACCAAGAAGGUCCUUCCAGGCAGAGCUCGCAGCACAAGCCAUCAAGUCCACAUAUGCAGCUUUGAAACCACCAUUUUGAGCCUUUUAUGUACAGUUUUCAUCCCAAGUGCUUUGUGAUUCUGCAUAAUCUCUUGAACUAGACCGGCUGACUUGAGUUUAGAAAACAAAAAAAUCCACAAAGAAUGCAAACGAGAGACUCACUUCUUAGGUUUUCAUUUUCACAUUGUUCUGGCUACUUUUAAGCAUUCUUCAACGUAUGCAAUCUCCGCCUGCUUCCAAUAAACUUUCAACCUUCUUCAUAAUGUGACUGGGUACUGUAUGGCCACACAUAACAUCUAGACGCAUAUACAAGUACACUACAAGUAGCAGUUUCUUGAUAUGGAAAAUGGAUUGCUCUUUCCAGUGUUAUGCUUAAGCAUUGACAGAGAUUUGUGCAUUUCAUUGUUUAUAUUAUGUAUCAAACUAAAACACUGUGUAAAGUGUAAAGCUGAUGUGUUCUAUGAGUACAGACAUGCUGCCUUUAACUGUUGAAAUAAAAAUAAAAUCGGAAAACCCAUAGCAUUUUACUGCAUUUACAUAAAGUCAACAGGCCAUGCAGCAGGACUGGAAAUGACAAAUGCUUAAACACACAGCAAUGCAAUGCACAGUUGACAGUACAUGUCAAAAAAAGGUUUAAACUUAAUGGAACUUAUAUACAGGGGUGAACAUAAGU